AUGUCCGCAUCUCACACCCUUGGAUCAAGCAUCGAUUCACACAAUAUCAUUGAAACAUCAAAUUCACCAAAACCUUCUCGUUAUCGUCAAUUCAUUGAUGAUCUAUCCCUAAACCGCAAUGCAUAUUUUCUCACAGUAGUCGCCUCAUUUGGCGGUAUGUUUUUCGGUUGGGAUACCGGACUUAUCGGUGGUAUACUCACGAUGUCCUCGUUCCAAGAUUCCUUUGGACUCAACAAAGACUCCUCAAAUUACACUAAUGUUUCGGGAAAUAUUGUUUCUGUCCUACAGGGAGGAUGUUUUUUUGGUGCUAUGUCGAGUUUUUAUAUUAGUGAUGUUUUUGGGAGAAAAAAGGCAUUGUUUGUAGCCGAUAUCAUCUUCUUGAUUGGAUCUCUCAUUCAGACUACCAGUGGAAUUGGAACGACGAGUUUGGGUCAACUUUAUGCUGGAAGAUUUAUUGGGGGCUUUGGGGUUGGAUUGGUGAGUGCGGUUGUACCGACUUACAUUGGAGAAAAUGCUAGCAAGGAGAUUAGAGGGAGGUGCGUGGGGUGCAUGCAGUUAUUCAAUGUAACUGGUAUAAUGCUCGCCUACUUUAUAAAUUAUGGCAUGAAUAAAAACGUAGCGGGCGACAAUCCACUUAAAUGGCGGAUUCCUUUCGCUUUACAAAUGCUUCCCGGUGUCUUUCUCGGUCUCGGACUCUUUUUCCAAAAUGAAAGUCCUCGAUGGCUCGUCGAAAAAGACCAACACGAAAAGGCCCUUCACGCACUUUCUCGCGUCCGUCGUCGUUCUCCUACCGAUCCACUGAUUCAACGCGAAUACAAUGAAAUUAUUGCAGACUUUCACGGAAAAGAGAAAUUAACUCUCCUUCGACAAAUGAAACUCACGAUUUCCAACAAAUCUUCGUUCUAUGCUGUUUCUUUAAGUGCGAUCCUCAUGUUUUGGCAGCAAUGGACCGGAACAAACAGUAUCAAUUAUUAUUCUCCACAAAUAUUCGAGACAGUUGGUCUGAAAGGUACAUCUGCGGGACUUUUUGCAACAGGAAUUUACGGUGUGGUAAAGGUUUGCAUUACUGCACUAGGACUCAUGUUUGCGACAGAGCAAGUAGGAAGAAAGUGGUGUUUGAUUGUAGGAGGAUUGGGACAAGCAUUUGCUAUGUUCUAUAUUGGUAUAAACCAAGCUGUCAAUCCUCCAGUUGACGGAGCACCCUUGGACGGAAACUCCAUUUUCGCAAUUAUCUGCGUCUAUCUCUUUGUGGUAUUUUAUUCCUUCGGCUGGGGUCCCAUCCCAUUUGUUCUCAGUUCUGAAUGUUCUCCCAACCAUCUACGAAGUUUUAGUAUGGCACUUGCUAUUGCAGUUCAAUGGUUAUUCAAUUUUGUCAUCUCGAAGAUCACACCGUUUAUGCUAAGUGGGAUUACUUAUGGAACGUUCUUGCUUUUUGGCGGAUGUUGCAUAUUGAUGACGAUUUAUGCGGUGAUUUGUGUGCCGGAAACGAAGAACGUUCCACUAGAGAGAAUUCAUACGCUUUUUGAAGGAGAGAUUAUCAAAGGGGCAUGUAAGGAUACGAUACCUCGAUUGAGAAGAUCUAAUAUGUUGAGGGAGAUGAGGAGGGACGGAGAAGACGAUGAUUUGGGCAAGGGAGAUGAUAAUGGGAUGAGCGUACAUGUUGAGAGGGUGGGUGGAAGGGUUUAG